UAUCACGUUUCGAGGAAACGACGGCAUUCACGUUGCGGGAUUUUCCAGGUCGGCUGGCUGCGCACCUCGGACCAGACGAUUCUCUCGAUCCACACGAGGAUCGUGACGCAUAAUGCGCGUAUCACGGUCGCCUACGAGAGCACCGGGGGUGCGUCCGGCAGCGCUUCCGGGGUGACCGGAAGUAGCCAGGCGACGGAGGAAAUCGUCGACGGCACGUGGCGUCUGCACAUUCGCCAGCUGAAGGAGACCGACAGGGAUUGUUAUAUGUGCCAGAUCAACACCAGCCCGAUGAUAUCCGAACUCGGUUGUCUCGACAUACACGUGCCGCCCGACAUCGUUUACGGGGGUGACACCAGCGCCGAUCUGGCAGUGGCGGAGGGCGACAACGCGACCUUGAGCUGUCGCGCGACAGGACACCCACCUCCGAGAGUUUCCUGGCGGAGGGAGGAUGGUGAACCCAUCGUCAUAAGGGCUUCCACGGCGGGUGGUAGCACUUUCGAGAAGCACGACCACUACAACGGUUCGCUGCUGCAUUUCUACCGUGUCGAGAGGCGGCAAAUGGGGGCGUAUCUCUGCAUCGCCAGCAACGACGUGCCGCCAGCGGUUAGCAAGCGAGUGACGCUCGCUGUGAAUUUCGCACCAGUCGUAAAAGCACCCAACCAGCUAUUGGGCGCUCCUCUGGGUACAGACGUGCAGCUCGAGUGCUACGUCGAAGCGUUCCCGAACACGAUCAAUUAUUGGGUGAAGAAUCAACGAGGCACGGAAGACGAAAUGUUAUUGGAAGGACCGAAAUAUAGCGUGCGGGAGGAGCGCACGGGAUACACGGUUCUGAUGUGGCUCUUAAUCAAAAAAUUCACGGAUAGGGACGUCGGUAGUUACAAAUGCGUCUCAACGAAUAGCUUAGGAAAGGCGGACGGGACUUUGAGAUUAUACGAGAUUAAAAUCGGCUUCGACAAAGUGGGAUCACGUGGGAAGGAUCACGUAUCUAUUAUCGGUGGUCUAGCCGAGGCCGCUCAAAGUUCCGGCGCCAGCAGCGGCGUCGACGGUUUCUCCGGAAGUGGUAGCAGCUUGUCGCAUAUCCUAUCGAUGUUUUUCUUCAUACCGAUACUGUGGCCACGGUGAAGAAGGCAUCCA